UUAAUUAAUUUCCAUUUUCCCCAGAAAAGAACCACAACAAAGCCAAACACACCCACACUAAACAUUUGAAUUGCGUCUGUCUUUAACGAAGAGAAAAAUGUUAUUGGUUUUUGUUUGGGUAUAAGAAACAAAGAGGUUUUGUUAGUUCAUUGCAGUGAGUAAUGGAGCCUCUGUUCGACCAAUUCAAAGCUUUUGCUAAAUCCAGCCAUGAUUUUUUCGACAGCAUUUUUAGUCGCCGCCGCAAACCGAUUGAAAUCCUUAAACGUUUACAAAGAGAAUCAUUCUCUGAUCUUACGAAACUCAGAGACAGACAAGAAAAGGUUGAGAAGAUGCUUUCCUUUUAUCAAUCAUCGAAAGGAGGUCCUUUUCAGGAAACCAGCACCCAUGUAAGAGGACAGAUGGAUUUCAUGGGAUCUUUAUUGAUCAUGGGCGACAUUAAUCAGCAGAACUUAGAUAUCAUAAGCAGGGCUGGAAUAAAAACCGUCAUUGAUUCAAGGUUUGUUUUUGAAACCGCAAUUGGUAAUGAGAAUGCUCUUGUUGCAGAGUUUGUUGCUACUCAGAAAGGAAAGGAAAAUCGUGGUGAUGACCUUGAGAUGCCGCUUUCUCUAGCGAAACUAAGCUACACAACAAAUGUCAAUGAUUGGUUAUCUCUUAUGGCUGUCCCAGUGGGAGCCCAAUGCAGAGAUGUUGCAGUUGGGUCAAAUUCUUUUGAUCAGCCAGGAAAAGGCCUCACGGAUUUCUCAUCUUUUGGGCCACCCCUUCUGAAAUUACACAACGGUAGUGCCUUUGGCAUAGCCAUGAGAAAGUAUUGUUUUAUUGCUUCAUUGGCUCAAUUUGUAGCUGGAUUUGGAAUGCCUUCUGGUUCUAAUACGGAAAAUAGAUACAGCACAUUCCUACAACUCGUGUGUCAAUUACCUAGAGGAACAAAGUUGUCUGUUCUUGGUAAUCACCACUUGCCUUUGUUAUCCAAGCAGUUUAGAAAAAUUGGAUCUUUUACAAUUCCAUUAGUCUUGUCCGACCAACACGAAGCGUCCGAGACAGAACCUGAAGCAUCACCCUCCACAAGGACACAGGUCUCAGGUGGUUCUACUGCUAUAAUACUGGAGUCUGAACUUGAUGGCUUUACAAAACUUGGAGGUUGGGUUGAGAUGAACACACUAAAUCCCAAAUCUGUACAAUGGGCCGUAACAUUGUCUGAUGUUACUGAAGAUUCAUUUGGCUGGGGAAUGGGUCUUGGCGGAAUAGGUGCAGAUCAUUUUCAGGCUGAAGCCUAUCUAAAAUUUAACACGAGUGAUAAAUUUUGCUUGAAGCCAGGAUUCGCAUACGCAACAGAUGGAAAUUCUGGAAUAGGUGCUUUAAUGCUUCGGUCUACUUGGUCCUUGUGAUGAUUUUCUUCUGACUAUUACUAUUUUUAGGCUGUUUGAUUUUUCCUUUGGAAAGCUUCAAACCAUGAUUUUGUGAUUCUGAAGAGGAAUCCAAACAUGUACUAUGUGCUUUUCGGUUUGUUCAGAUUCUUAUUAUUUUCCUCAAUGUAUAUACAACAGCGCUAAUCAUUUUUUGUCAUUCGAAUUGCUUGAUUCGAUACA